UUAUGAAUUCUCUGAGUUAUGCAGGGACAUGUUGAUAUCGCAAACAAUAUGAUCACAGACAUGAAUCUGAAUUAUGACUUGCGGCCUAUGACCUCCUUGCUUAUUGAUUUGGAUGUUGGGGUUUCAAGUUUUAGGUUGAAGAACAAUGAUUUAGGAUUUGAAAAUGAAUGCAAGAAAUUAAUUGUGCAGAAAAAGUUACUUGGACUUGUACAUACACCCACUGUCGAACAUAGUAGGCCUAUAAGAGUUACAGAACAUGAGCCUGAUCUGCGACCAGUUCUGCUAUCAGGUAUGGAGAACUCUAUGUUAGAUAAGGACACUCAAAUGGAUGACAUGGAGUUAAGCAGUGGAACGAAUUUAACUGUAGCAUCUUGUCCAGAAGUAGAUUGGCAAUACAGCGGUUCAGUUGUGGGGGCUGUUACUGACGGUAAUCAUCUUUGUGGAGCUUCUGGAAGCAGACUAAUUGAAGAUGCAGGGAUUGAGGAGGGGGUUUGUGGCUGGGAAGAGCAAAAUAUUAGUGAAUCUGAUGCUCCCAAAGAAGAUCCAGAAAACACUGUCCCACCAGAUAAUGAUGCUCAACUGAGGGAAAUUCCCAGAAAGGAUUUCAAACCAGUGAACACAUUGAACAGUAAUACUUGGAUGACAUCUUUUAGAAAUGAGCAAAGAGCUACUCUGGUGGAAACCCAGGAUGUUUUUCCAUCACCUGAGCAUGCUAUGGCCCCAAAGCAGCGAACAAGAUCCUUUGUCAAGCUAAAAACUCUGCAAAAAGAUGCUUCUACUAUAGGAUCAUCCGUUCUUUCUGGAUCAUUAGACUAUAAUAAAGUUGUUAACUCUGAUAAGCAGCUGGAGAAAAAUAAGAGAUAUCAAAUGUUUAGCUCCAUGAAACAGAAGUCAAAGCAGAAUCGUAAAGACAAGAAUACCAAAGAAAACAGGGCUGAUCCCUCCUUAAUGUUACCCAAGGAUCAUUCAGAGCCAGUAACACUACCAAACUUUGAAUCCUUCAUCAUAGAGGAAGAAGAAGGGUCAGGUGGCUAUGGCACUGUUUACAGGGCUCGGAGAAAGGAUGAUGGAAAACUUUUUGCUAUUAAAUAUCCUCAUGCAAAUGCUCACACACAUCAUGUGAAGAAUGAGCUGAAAAUGUUGGAGCGAUUUGGGGGUAGGAACUUUGUGAUCAAGUACGAGGGCUCUUUCAAGAACGGCAACUCAGAGUGCUUUCUUCUGGAGCAUGUUGAGCAUGACAGACCUGAGGUGCUGAAGAGAGAAAUAGAUAUAUUUCAGCUCCAGUGGUAUGGUUAUUGUAUGUUCCAAGCCCUAGCAAGUCUGCAUAAACAGGGAAUAGUGCAUAGAGAUGUCAAGCCUGGGAAUUUCCUUUUCUCCCGUAAGCUAAACAAAGGUUACCUCAUUGACUUUAACCUAGCCGUGGAUAUACAGCAGAAGUAUGGCCACAGCAGCAAAUCAAAGACAAGACAUAAUACAAACUUCAACUAUGUUCCUAUUCCCAGUACCAAAUCUGUUUUAACUACAAAAGGUAGGAAAGUGCUGAGUGGUAGAGUCUGGGAAGCUGUCAAUCAGGAGGCAGCCAAGGAUAACAAGACAUCUCUUGGACCCAAAAAUGUGAAAAAGAGAGCUGAUGUUAGUAAUCCAAAGGCCUACCUUGAGUUGAGCAACAAAACUACAUUCAGAAGCCAAGGUGCAGAUGGCUCUGGAAUAACCUCAACCAAGGAUGCAACAAGCACUAGAACUCCUUCGGCAGAGAGGUUGAGGGAACCUCUUCCAUGCCAAGGAAGGAAGGAACUGAUCAGUUUGGUGCAGGCGGCAAUGAAAAGUCCAAAUCAUGAUGCAGUUCGUGUUACAGGUUCUCAAAGGAAGAGGGUAGCUGCUCCUCUUGGGAAAGUGGAAGGCAAACUUUUUUACCCGACUCCAAUGCCACUUCAUUCUACUGGUGUUGCUGUUGCUGGUGCUGGCCUAUUAAAGAAUAAAGGGGAUGGAAAAUACAAAAAAGAAGGUCCUUGUGUUGGAACUAAGGGUUUCCGGGCUCCAGAGGUCUUGUUCAGAUCUCCUCAUCAAGGUUUCAAAGUUGAUGUUUGGUCUGCCGGGGUAACCCUACUUUACCUGAUGAUUGGAAGAACACCAUUUGUUGGGGACCCUGAACAGAACAUAAAGGAUAUUGCGAAGUUGAGGGGUAGCGAAGAUAUAUGGGAAGUAGCCAAGUUGCACGACCGUGAAUCCUCAUUCCCUGUGGAACUGUUAGAUAUACAGGCUUUACCGUCAAUGGGACUGCGAGAGUGGUGUGAAGUGAACACAAAGAGACCAGACUUCCUUGAGCUAAUCCCCAGAUCACUAAUUGAUCUAGUGGACAAGUGCUUGAUGGUGAACCCAAGACUGAGGAUCAGUGCAGAAGAAGCUUUGAGACAUGAGUUUUUUGCCUCAUGCCAUGAGAAUUUGAGGAAGCAGAGGCUUCUCAGGCGGGGGCUUAGCUUGGACUCAGAAAGCCCCCGCCAACACUAAAUAAAUGUCAUUUUUGCUGUGAAGGUUUCAGUCUCACAUGGCAAGUCUAAUUGGAGCUCUGGAGGUUUCAGCUCAGAGCUUCUAACUGACAUCAGUUGUAAUGCUAACCCCUGUGUUCUUUCUUUUUUGAAUGUGGUAUCUUGUAAAUUUUCUAUCUUUUAUUUUUAAAAAAAAUAAUAAUAAAAGAACUGUCAAUC